AUUUCCUUCUCCAGCUCAUUUGACGCAUGAGGAAACUGAGCUUGUAGGUCUCCAUCCUGAGCUGCCGCCGAGAUCCUUGAACACAGUACUUAGGAAGAAAGCAGCAGCAAGAGUCCAGAGGAUACGAACUAGGACCAACUGCUUGCCCACCUGACUCAUCCAGACCCAUGAUUCUUCGUUCUGGAAAAGUGACAUUCAUGUCUCCCCGACCAUUGGGAGACCUUGAUGUCCUGGAAGAAGACAGAUGGCCCUGUGUCAGUCCGUGCUGGCCAUUCCAGAGAACAAGGGAGGCUUCAAGGCAGCUAGAGAGAAGCCAGAUGUGUGAGGCCGAUACUCAAGAGGCCAGUGGUGAGGUCCAUCUCCCCAGUGUGGGGCAGUGCCAGGCAUUAAGUUUGGCCCAGGAGUCAUCAAGCAAGAGGAAGUGGGCAAAGGCAUUCGAUGAAGAAGCCCCCCAGGUCCCUUGGAGUCAACCUACAACCCCAAACCCCUAUUUCUCUGCUCUACCCGUGGAGGAGACCUUCCCCUGCCCCCUCAGCUCCCUCACCCCCUGUCCUCUGUACCGAAGGAGACUCUGGCCUCGGAGGCUAAAUAUUCCUCCAAAGACCCGGAGCAUGCCAGAUAGCACACUGGUCCUGGAGUUGGACGAUACCUUGGUCUCUUGCUCCCUCCGGGCUGUGCCCAAUGCCCACUUCUGCUUCCCUGUGAGUUUCCAAGGUAUGUAUUACAAGGUGCAGGGCAGGCUGCGGCCCCACACCCGUGAGUUCCUGGAGAUCCUGAGUCAGUUCUUCCAGAUCAUUAUCUUCACCACGGCUAAAAGGGACUAUGCAGAACCAAUCGCAGAUCUCCUGGAUCCCCACAAGAAGCUGAUUAGGGGCCGCCUUUUCCAGGAUGACUGCAUCUGCCUCCAGGGUCACUAUGUGAAGGAUCUGAAGGUGCUGGGGCAGGACCUGGCCCGGACUGUGAUUCUGACUGAUUCCCUCAAGGCCUUCCCCUACCAGGUGGACAACCAGCUCCUGAUUCCCCGAUGGCAAGGAGACAGUGAGGACCAGGAGCUGUCUAAGCUUCUGCCUUUUCUGGAACGUCUAAGUCACUUGGAUGAUGUCCGACCAGAGCUUUGGAACCUCCACCCUACUCUGAGCACAGAGAAGUGAAGCAGGCCGCCCUUCCCUGGGAAGAACCAGACUUGAACCCAGGGUUUUCUCAAGGGACACACUUUUUUUCCAUCAGGGUAGGGGAGCUACCUCUGGGAAAAUCGUGGCCUCUGACCCCCAGCCCUGAUUUGUGUUGUCCACUGCAGGCAGAUGCUGAGCUCUGGGGGCUUUCAGCGGUCUGGGAGAGCAACAGGAGCUCCCUGAGAGAGGACAUCUGUUGCAUUUCAUGUAUGAAAAGACUGAGAAACUUGAAUAAAAUGGUUUUACCACUCCAGUGGCUGAGGUGGACAAAGGGCCUAUGGCAGAGGAGAGCAUUGUCUGGGCUUACUGGGUGCAGAGCAGCAGUAAUAAUAAUAGUAACAAAUGUUUUACGUGCAUGAUCUCAUUUAGAUUUUGAUUGUCCAUUUUACCGAAGAGGACACUGCAUUUUGGAGAGGUUAACUGCCUUGCCCCUUCAGGUGUCAAAGGGGGUUUGAUUGGAUGUCUUCCUGACUCCCAAGCCAUCACUCUGUCUAGUAUGCCAGUUUGCCAGGGCAGGUGCCUUAGUCAGUCCAUAAACACUUGUUAAGCACCUAUUAUGUGCUGGGUACUAUGCUAACCCCAAGAGACAGAGUUUCUGCCUUAACCACCUUUGUAAAAGGGAAUGCCCUUGAUGACUAAAAAGUUACCUCGAUUGGUGACAUUUUACUCCUGCUUGAUAUUAAGACUGGGCCACCCCCAGCAAUCUGGAUGGGCAAGCCAUCUCCAGCUGGACCAUGCUGGUUGGUUUUCUCCUUCCUGAGCUGGGUCACCCUAAACUCUGCAGGAGGGGUACAAGGACAGGGGCUCAUUUACUACCCCCCACCAAGAACUUGCCCAGAAUAGAUCCUGUUUAUACUUUGAGCUCAAGUUAGGUCUCCUGGUUGGGUGGGGUCCCCGCCCAAGAUUGAAGAGCAAGUUCCUGGAGGGCUGGGACAAUCUCAUCAGUCUUGUUCUUUAGAGACUGACUUUUUACAGGGGCUGGGCUUUGGAUGAAGAAAUAAAGGAGAAAAUCCUGGA